ACGACGACGCCCACAGCAACCAGCGACAACAGGACGUGAGCAUGUCUCAGAAGAGUCAAAAGCGCACCAACCGGGGCGAGAACGAUGGGCCGCCCCCGAUCAAGAAGCGCAAAGGACGACCUCCGGUUUCGUCGUCCGGCGUCGAGGACGACAAGGACUCGCCCGCCUCGAACGGUGGCCCCGGAGGCGGGUUGGGUUCGGGGGCGGGCUCGAGUGGGGGGGCUCCGACGACGCCAACGAAGAACUGGCAACCACGGGCCGUCAUCGAUUGCAAGCUGUCCAGCAUCUACAACCGAACCGCGCCCGAGGCACCGGCGGAACUGUUUAGGAAGGAUCUUAUCAGUGCCAUGAAGCUGCCGGACUCGGAACCGCUGGCGGCGGACGAGUACUGGGUCAUCGCGGACCAGUGGAAGCAGGAGUGGGAACGCGGUGUGCAGGUGCCCGUGAAUCCGGACUCGCUACCCGAACCGUCGGUUGCGACGCUGCAGGAGAGCUACUUUAAGAAGCGGCAGGAUUUCAAGCUACCGAAAAACAAAUACAUCCGGAUCACGAAGGAUGAGAACUUUACCCAUGACCAGCACUAUCUCUCGAACACGCCAGCCAUCGCGGAAAACGUAUGCUACUAUGACCUGGAUCAGUGCGACUCGGCCUGGCUGAAGGUGCUGAAUGGGGAGCGCAACCUGGCUGGUCUAGUGCCGGUAACCGACGAGCAGUUCGAGCGGGUUGUUGAGGAGCUAGAGGGACGGUGCUUGGAUAAGAUCCAGGCAAUCAUGAAAAACGAGGAAGGGCUCGGCAUUGAGUACGACGAAAACGUCAUCUGUGACGUGUGCCGAUCGCCGGAUUCGGAGGAAGCGAACGAAAUGGUUUUCUGUGAUAACUGCAAUAUUUGCGUACACCAAGCGUGUUAUGGAAUAACAAAUAUACCAUCUGGUCAAUGGUUAUGUAGGACGUGCUCGAUGGGACAGAAGCCGAAAUGCGUACUCUGUCCAAACAUGGGCGGUGCGAUGAAGUCGACACGAUCGGGACAAAAGUGGGCGCACGUGUCCUGCGCGCUCUGGAUCCCGGAAGUGAGCAUCGGAUCAGUCGAUCGGAUGGAACCGAUCACGAAGAUCUCGAACAUCCCCGCGAGCCGAUGGGCGUUGGUGUGUGCGCUCUGUCGGGAACGAGUCGGAGCCUGUAUCCAGUGCUCGGUAAAGACGUGUAAAACGGCCUACCACGUAACGUGUGCGUUCCAGCACGGACUCGAGAUGCGCGCCAUCAUCGAGGACGAAAACGCGGAAGAUGGCGUCAAGCUGCGCUCGUACUGUCAGAAACACGGUGAAAACAAGGGAAAGCGUGACAGUAGUCGGAACAACGCUACGAACAACGCCGGUGCCGGUGCAAACUCCGGUGGCAGCGAGGACGAAGCGACAAAUGCUGGUGUGAGCACGACGAGCGGAACGGGUACAAGUACUACGACCGGUGGGGGCGAUAUUAAGCGGCGGAAGCGGAAAGACAUGACGUCCGAGGAGCGGAACCAGGUGCGGGCAAUGCGCCAGCAGGAGAUCGAGGCCGAGUUUGAUAAGCACGUGAGUGUGAAGGACAUCAGCUGUCACCUGUUGGACGUGGACCAGGAUGGCAUCCACCAUAUUUACAACUACUGGAUCAUGAAGCGCAAAUCGGCCCACAACCGACCGCUGCUGCCACCAAAAACGGACGAGGUGGACCCGAAUGCACAAAAUCAGGAGCAGGCGGAGAUCGAGAAGAUGAAAACGUUCGUACACCUGCGGCAGGACCUGGAGCGGGUGCGUAACCUAUGCUACAUGGUCAGCCGGCGAGAAAAGCUGAGCCGGUCGUUCUUUCGUAUGCGCGAGCAAACCUUCAACAAACAGGUGGCUGCCCUUUUUUCGUUUCGAAGCGGUGGUGAGACGACGACGACGAACCACCAGCGGAUCGGCGGCGGCAGCAUGGCAAUGCCGCACGUGGAUUCGGCGAUGCUUGACGCGAUCCUGCACGCGAACCAUGGCCCUACGAUAUAUGAUAGACUUUACUCGUGUAAUUCCGUUAGUAGUACAAUGCUGAGUCUGGACGAGAUGGUGGAGCGCAUCAUCGGUGAUGUAAAUAGUAGCGUUAGCGGUAGCGGUAGUAGCGGCAGCAAGGACAUCGCCGUCAGUGCCGGUAGCAAGAAGGCGAACGUGACGGCGUCUUCGGGUGCUAGUGCAACAGUCGGUCAAAAUGGCAGUGCUGGUAGCGGGAGUGGCAGUAGCAGUAGUAGCAGUAGCGGUGGCAGCAGCAGCAGUAGUAGCAGCAGUGGCAGCAGCAGCAGUAGUGGUAGCAGUAGCAGCAGCAGCAUCAGCAGCACCGAGGGCAACAAACCAACGUCCAAGGUGGUGAAGGGUGCGAACAAAAAGGAACAGUACAACCAUGAGAUUACUGCGCACGGUAAGAAGCUUCCUGCUGAUGUGAACGGAAUGCGGCAACAGCAACCGAUAGCAGCUGGUAACCAGCGAACUAAGGGCCAGCUUUCGUCCAAGAGACAACAACCUCCCUACGUGAAUGGUACGGCGACGGCACGGCGAAGUAUGAGUAAUAGUUCGGCAUCCGACAUGGACAACGAUGACGAUGACGAAAACGACGCCGAUGUGACGGUUGUGGGUGUUGAUAAAGUGAAUCCUGCCUCGAAGAAGAAACCCCGACAGACGAAAGCUGUCGAACGAAAGCGCCGGAAAGCUCCUCUAUCCGCGGGUUCGACGGGUGCGCUAACUUCGUCGGCGGAAAAAUCGAGUUGUCGAAGUGUCGGUGAUAGCACGAGCGACGAGGAAAUGGUUGAAUCGCGGUUACGUCCUGCACUCACAUCGAGCGGUGCACGAUCAGGAUCUGGUGGUAUAUCGAAAGCCGCACGUGGUGGUGGUGUUGAAAAGUCCCUCACUGCUACUGUUGCUUCUGCUGCCAGUGGUGGACGAACGUUGACUGCAGGGCAACAGAAGAAGGAUUUCCGGAACCAAUUCCUGCGACAGAUGGAGCGUGAGCUGGCGGAUGAUCGGCGAGCGAUGCGUUUAACCGACGAUGAUGAUUCCAACGACAGUGACGACCUGCUGCACAUAAGGCCAGGCAGUGGCGGUACCGUCGGGCGGACGGGCCAUGCGACAGGUGUUGGCAACACGGCUGGCAGUGGCAGUACGGCUGGUGGCCGGGGGAAGAAAAUUCCGGACAUAUACUCUGACAGCGACAGCACCGAUCGAGAUAAAACGGACCACACGGCGAGUGAUUCGCAGCAGCAUCCAUUCCGUACGAAAGCCGCCAUGAAAGAGUUCAACCUGCAGCAGGAAGCGGAUCGAUUAAAGCAGAAAUCUCCCACAAAACCGACUCGCUCGGGAGGUGGUCAAGCCAUCACUGCUAGCUCGGCAACACUGACUGCUUCACCCGGUGCAACGAUGAUGGCGCUACCCGUCGCUACGCCAACAUCCGCCCUUCCUGGCAGUAAGGUGUCGUCGACGAAGGGUAUAAACUCCGGUCCGAUUGCGUUAACGGCCGGUGUGACGGCGGAUGGACACCACCAGACGUCUAAGCGAACGGCGGGUUCAGGAGAACAGCAAUCACCAUCGACGGGCAAGACGGCACCGGUGUCUAACAGAAGCGGCAGUACCAAAGAAAGCUCGAAAAAAUCGAAGCAAUCGCAGCAGGCGACGGAAAAACAUCUCGACGCUGGCAAUAACACCUCGAUUGCAGGUAGUGGCAGUGCCCAUGGCAAACCGGGACCGCCGAACAGCAACAGCUCCGGAACAGGUGGCAGUACGUCUUCGAAAAAGAUGGAAUUUUUGGCGGACUUCAUGGUUGUGCCGCAGCGCGAGGCAGCAAAAAAGGCGGCAGAGAAUUUGAUGAAAACCAGCAGCAGCAGCGUCGUGACAGCGACCACGGUUGUCAGCACAUCGUCUACGUCGUCCAGUGCAGCCUUGUCGAUCGCAGCGUCUUCCGUAGGUGCCACAGGAUCAAGCUCCUCGUGUUCUGCUUCCGCCAGCGCAGUGCUGAUAAGUGCUGGUGGGUCGAGUCGAAAGCAACAGCAGCAGGAGCGUGAUGCUGGAGGCAAUAGCAGUAGCAGCAGUAGCAGUAGCACCAGUAGCACUAGUAGUGGAGGCAGUAACAGCGGUGGUGGCAGCAUUGCAAGCAAUAGCGGCAGUGUGUCGGUCAGCAGUACAAGCAGCGGUGUCAGCACGGGCAGCAGUAGCACGAAGCAGCUGGAAAUUGAUGGCGAUCUUGCGGUCGAACCGUCGAUCGUUGUUAGCGGUAACAAUCAGCAAAAAUCUUCCACCGUAAGCAAUACUAACAGUAGCAGUAGUGGUGGUAGCACUGGUAGCAGUAGCAGCAAUCGCAACCGAAAGGACGCGGAACCAAAGGUUGCUGUCGUGGUGCCUGGUAGUGGGAAAGCUGCUAAACGUUCGACCGGGGCCAACACCACGGGCAACAAGGGAAAACUUGUCUCGGCAAAGGACUCAAUCGAAAAUGUGCCCUCAAAAACGGAUGCUACGACGACGUCGGCGGCUCGUAAUAAAUCCAAAGAACGACCUAUGGCAGCAGAUAGACAGGCGAGUGGCGGGACGGCACGCUCGACAACAUCCAAAGAGCAACAGCGGAAGGAUCGUGCUAACGAGGACACGCAAGCUCCACCCCUCGCACCGUCUGAGAAGGAGAAGACAGUUGUGGAGAAGGGCAAGGGCUCGAAGGACCAGAAACAGAAGCGUGAGGCACAUCAGGAAAUCUUUGCAUACGUACCGCAGCGACAAGCAGCCAAGAAAGCAGCGGAACACAUCAAGAGCGGCCUUGGAAAGCCUUCCGGUGGAGAUCAACCGGGUGGGACCGAUGAGAAGGCUCCAGUGGCGCCAACUGCAGCAGCGGUGGUGUCUUCUAAGGCCAGCGCUGGAUCAGCAGCAAAACUGGCUAGCAAGGCCCGGGAAGAGCGAAAAUCCACCGCCACCACAGCAUCAACAUCUUCAAACAGUUCCAGCUCAUCCGGUAGCAGCUCAUCGUCGUGCUCGAGCUCUUCUAGCUCUGGUUCGGAAAGCGAGGAAGAUGAUGAGGACGAAGAGGAGCAGACAACUUCGGCGGUUGGCAAGAAAUCGGUGCCUUCGACCACCAGCAAUCGUUCGAAAUCUGGUACGGCGGCUAGCACGGGCUCCGCUGCAGCAGCAGCUGUUAAAGGGCAAGCGAAACAACAACGAACGGUCAGGCAGGAUGUGUUGCCCUUUCUUGACAAGGGUCCAGCACGAUCCGUGUGUGAGUCGUCGAGUUCGUCCUCGUCUUCGUCCUCGUCGGGAUCCUCGUCCGACAGUGAUAGCGACUCAAGCAGCAGCAAUCAAAGUAGCCAAGAUGAAGCAACCACCUCACCGGUUGUUCCGACACCGGCAACUGGACGUAAUCGCAAAAAAUCAGUUUCCGCUAGUUCGGCCAAAUCUCAGGACGUGCAAGAGGUUGGCUCGAAGAAACCUUCGGCUACACAUCCCGCCAGUGGUAACAAGAAGGGAACGGCUCCUUUGGCCACAGCAGCAGCAGCUUCCGUUGGCCGAGGGUCUGGUGGUCGGAAACCUUCCACUACCGCUAGUCUAUUCGACGAGCCCAAUGUUGCUGAACCGGGUAAGCAACAACCUACUUCCGGCACAGGAAAAACAAAGACCAACAAAGACAAACAUCAGUCACUUGGUAAGGGAAUGGAUGAUGAACAAAGUGUGGCGGCUCCGAUCACUGCUGCUGACGCCGCUGGUGCGAAGUCAAUUACUAACAGGCGGAACUCCUAUCAACCUGCUACCAACGAUGCAACGGCCUCUAACAACAAUGGCAACGUCACACCUGUUAAACGCGGCAGCCGUCGUCAGUCGAUAUUCGUCGGUGCUAGUGAUUUAGAGGAGAAACAAAAGAAGCCAUCUCUCGUUCCACCGGAAAUUGCUGGCACACGUGGUGCGGGUCGACGGAAGGCUAGCGAAGCUAUGGAUGUUGAUAAGCAAAAGGAGCAGCAAGACGAACCGAAGGUUGAGAGUGGCGAAGCAAUGCUGUCAGAGAAGGACUCGGUUAUGGAUGAAACAACUACCGGAAAACGUUCGCUGGUUGAUGAGCAGUCGUCUUCUUCCCGAAAGCGACGUAGUCCCAAAUUGCCGAAUCAAACGGUUGCUUCUAACAGCUCCACUGGUGUUGAUGUCGAAUCAAAAGAACCAGUUUCAAAAGCGGUAUUAUCGAAGGAAGCUGAGAAACUUGCUGCUGCAUCUACGCCUAAUCGGAGCACCCCGGGCGGAAGUGACGAAAUCUCGUUGCUCACUGAUGAAGACUCCACGGAUCAACGGAAAGCGAAGGAAGAGAUUCCUUUCUCGAUUCCGAAGGAAGACGAUAAAGUCCCAGAUGUUAUCAAAUCUUCCUCGACGAACUCUACAACGUCUGCGGAAAGCGUUACAACCAAGCGGGAAGUUGGCGAUAAGACCGUCCAGAAGAAGGGUAUUGAAAUCAUAUCCCUGGUGGAGGAUUCGCGUUCCAACGAUGACGAUGUGGUAGUCGUUGAAGAUGCAAGCAACGAAGCGAAGGUCGAUCAGAAACCGCCCGAUAUUGAAGGUGUUCGAGACGUUAAAGAAACGCCAGUGGACGGAGAACCGAAAUCCAUCUCAACGCUGGAUAAGGUUGAAGAAAAACCAUCUCUGGAAGCCGAUAGUGACCGCAAGAGUACUCAAUUGACCAUACAGAUGGACGAUGAUGAGCAAGGAAAGAAGAUACUUCCAGCGGAAUCUGUUCCAUCCGCCAUCGGACAGCAGCAGCCACCGUUCGAUGCUGUUUCGCUUCAGCUUAAUAACAAUAGUGCCGUGUGCGAUGUAGGUGGCUUCGUUUCCGCUAGUCAAACGAGCAGUAACAAUAAUAAUGGACAGAAAGAAGAUACUGGUAGCCAUGCUAGUGCAGGAAUCGGUGGGCUAUUGGGCAACAACGACACCGGUACGCCCUCCAUAUUCGAUCUGUUGCUACCGCAAGAUAAUUCGGUGAACGACGACUCGUUCGAGCUGAAUCAAUCGCUCAACUUCCCUUUCAUGGAGGACUGCAAGGAGGAUACGCAGCGUGAAACGCUCAACCUGGUCGAGAAGCUGCGACAGAAGUACAAAAAACCUCAAGGUGUGGCAAAUACAGCUGCUGGAUCGAUUCCGCCCGGUUCGGGUGGUACCGAGCCACUGAAAGGCAUAGACGAAAUUCCGACUAGUGACAAAAAGGAAGACAUGAUGCUUCUGGACGGUGUUGUCGCAGCGCAUGUCACCCCAACAACACAAGUUCCGAUGCCUGUGGUUGAUUUUGUUACGGAUCGUGCCAAGCAGGACGGAUUGGGAACGUUGGGAGCGAAUCUAGCAGAUGCUCUGCUUAGUGAGAAGGAAAAGAUUCAACCCGAUCUAGAAUAUGGGGCUUUCGGCAAGUUCAACACGGCAGCUGCGGCAGCUUCAGGAGGUCCGCUGGAUCAGCUUUCCUCGCCUGUCGCCGGUGCUGUGCAAUCUGCCACCCAACAAGGAUCGCAGCAACAUCAAGCCUCUCAGCUGCACAUCGGUGCUCAGCAACAGCAACAGUCUCAGCUGGAUAGCAAAAACGCAAAGGAGGACCAUCUGGAUCAUCUCACUUCGAGACCGUCAGAUGAGCGAUGGGUUCCUCCGUCAUCAGUCCCAUCGACAGCUCCAACCAUCGGUUCCACCGCGUCUCUGCUCCACAAUACGCUACCCAUCUCUGUUACUUCUAUGUCGGCGACAUCGAAUGUCCUCGGUGGCAACACCGUCUCGACAGCACAGCUUGCACAAAACUGUAUGGAAGCUGCACGUAUGCUGAAUACCCAUCAAGCGAACAACAACAAUAACGUGAAUGCACUGAACACCGAAAAGACGCACGGAACGGCGGGGCCGGUACCUGGUGGUGGGUUAUUCGAUGGUGGUGCGUUGACUAAUCAUUUGCAACCAUCGAUGCAGCAGCUCGGCACCGGCAACGAUCUGAACCAUCAUCAUCAUCAUCAGCAAAACCUGCAACAUCAGCAAAAGCAGCAACAACAGCAGCAGCAACAUCAGCAACAGCACCAGCACCACCAUUUGCAUAAUCCUCUUUCAGGGUUGGACUUUAUGCAGGGCAUGAAGGUACCAAACCAGAACGAAGCUACCUCAUUGAUGCUGUUUGAUAAUUUGCAGCAGCAGCAGCAACAGCAACAGCGGCAUUCUUCUCCGCAACAACCAGUCGGCAGACGUGGUUGGAAUCAGACCACCGAUGGGUUGAACUCACUCGAUCAGCUUCAAAAGAAGCAGCACGAGUGUGCGGUGAUGCAAGAGAAGGAGAAUUUGCUACUGCAGAAGCAGCAGCAGCAGCAACAGCAGCAGCAGAUGGCAAAUAACAGCCAUCGUAACAAGCUGAACGAUCUGAACAGUUUCAUGGACAUUCAGAAUGCCUCGACGAUGACGAAUCAACAUCAGCAACAAUCGGGAGGUGCCCAAGUGGUCAAUAACAGCAAUUCGGGAACUCCAAACAACGUCAAUGCAAUGCAGCAACAACCAUACGGCUUUCCAUCCAAUGAUCCUUCGCAUCAUCAGCAACAACAGCAGCAAUAUCCGGGUGCGGUGUCGUUGUUUCCACCCGCGAGCGUUCCAGUUCCGUUUCCCUCACCCGGGGCCGGUCUCUACCCACCGAAUUUCGGCAACGCGAGCUACCAGCAACCGACGCCACCGCAAACGACGAUCCCAGGAGCAGGAAAACCGCACCAACAUCAACAUCACACGCCCGGUGCGGGUCUCGGUGUCGGUGUGCCACCGCUCACGCACCAUGGCCUCGGUUUGGGUGACGCUAUGGUUUCACCGCACCGUGGCGCUGGAGCUCAAGCUGCCGUAGGACCACAGCAACAGAAGCAGCUGGACCAGAUGUCGUCACCUCUGUCGACGAUGGCUGUUUCACCAAACAAGCAGCAGCAGCAAAGUCGUCAACCGACUCCAACGGAUGUGCAGCAGCAGCAGAAUAAUUUCCUUCUAAAUAGCGGUGGCAAUGGAGGUUCAAGUAGCGGAGGAAGUACCCCAAGAACUCCACAACAUCGCCGGACACCGCAACGAAACAAUCAUCAGCUGCAAGUGCACCAGCCGGAUGGGACGGGCAUGGAUAUGCUGGUAGGCGUAGGAAACGUAGCAACCUCCAAAAGAAGUCCCACGAAGUCGUCCCGUUCAUCGUCGCGCAUACAAAACCAACAACAGCAACAACAGCAGCAACAACCCCAUCUUCAGCAGUCUCAUCUUCAGCAGCAUCAUCACCAUCAUCCGCUGCUCAUGAACGACAGCAAUGGCGCGUCGUCGUUGACUGGAAUGGUGCAUCCGUUGGGUCAACAGCUGAAAUCGCCGUCGUCGGUGCCGGCCGGUGCAAAGUCGCUCAGUCCCGGAAAGAGCCCGAAAACCGCGGCAGCCGCAGUGUCCGCCUCGGUGUAUGCGCUGCAAAAGUCGAUAGGUGGUGGAAGCGGAAGCCUGAUUGCACCGAUGACGAGUGGCCCUGGCAAGGGUUCCAAGGGGAACGAGUCAACGGGCGGCAAAACGACGCGAGGACGUGGCCGAGGUCGUGGAAGGCCACCGGGAUCGGGAAGACAGGCGCAAGCAGCGAACGCCGCCGCUAACCAUGGCGUUCAGGGUGGCGUUGGAGCAGGCGGCAAUGGCAGCUUAGGAGGCCGCGGAGGGGCCAGCAAUAGACACCAGCAAACCCACGGUAGUAGCUACCACAUGGGCCAGCUGGGACCGGGAGCUGAUUUCGGUUGCUUUGGCAGUAGCACGAUACACAGCAAGAUCAUUGGCACGGUGUACGAUCUGGACUUUGACGAGGUGAUCGACUGCGGCAAACUGCGCGAUAUGCGUGAUCGUCGUCGCUCUAUAGAUGGCCGAUCGGCGGAUGCAUCCAAUGCGAACACUGGAUCAGGCGGUGCGGGACCAGGAGGGGCAGGUUCGGACGCAAAAUCGAAUCGAGGAUCUUCCGGUACUGGCGUGGCUGUGAGCGGAGGUGGUGGUGUCGGCGUUCCUGGAGCGACCGGCACUGGAGGAGGAGCAAACAGUGGAUAUGGUGCGACAGCGGUAGGUGUUGGUUCAACCGCUAGUUCCCUACCGGAUAUGGCCGUCCUUCCGGGACCAGUCGAUAUGCGCACGUACAGCAGCGGCUUCGACUCGUCGAGCAACACGGACGCUUAUAACAACCAACUGCUGGGUGUGUUUGCAAGCGGUACAGCCGAUCAGACGUUGGCCGACAUCGACGAGGACAUGGAAAACGAGUUGCAGUCAGCUUUGAAGGCGGAUUCUGCCAGCAGUCGUUCUGCGGCGACGGCGCUUUCACCAGCGGUGGUGACAAACAGCGUCGCGUCCUUGACAACUCCAGCAUCAAUGCUUCUCGCAGCAACAACAACAGCCAGCAACAGUAGCACCAGUAGCAGCAGCAUUCCUUCGGAGUCGAACAACGCGAUGAACAACGCGCUCACGACGGCCAGUUCGUUGUCGAUGGCGACUUCCGUGUCCUCGGUGACUACGCCGUGCACUACACCCGCACUGCCAGCAUCCAUGCUGGGCGAGGAUGCGAUGAUCGAGCAGCCGCAGGAGGAAACGAAUGAUUCGGACAGUUUGCCGAUUACGCCAACGAUUCACCACAAAAUGUCCUCACUAGCGGAUUCGCGCAACAUAAUGAAACUGAAGAUCAAGGGUCCGCUGGCGCAGCUGGACAGUGGAUCAGGCCCCGUUGGUGGUGGGAUUGGUGGUGCCGGUUCGGCCGUUUCGUCGGUGAUGGUUUCACAACUGCAGCAGUCCAUCAGUAUGGCGUCCUCGAUGGGCGUAGGAAUCGGUGGUGGCGUAAGUGGAGGUGUAGGUGGUGUUGGAGUAGGUGCCGGUGGCGUUGGCAGUAACGUCGUGGCCGGCGGAGCUGCCGGUUCGUCUAACCUGCGACGGAUGCGCAAGAAGGAGCUGUUGCGGCAGUACUGGAAUCAAGACAUGAACCAGGACGAUCCGCAGGCCGUGCUACAAUCGACGGAACAUCAUCAUCUGCACCACCAUCAUCAUCAUCACGCGCAGGGUUUAUCGCUUGGCGGAGCCGGCCGCACGACAGUUGGUUUUCCGAAGGCAGUCGAGUCACUAGGAACCAUGCCGACCAAGGACGAUUACAAGGAGUACGGUGGCAUCCAUCGGAAGAAACUCUCGUCUAACAUUUCGCGCGAGCUACGCCAGUUGGCAUCAGUGCCACAGGUUGCUUCCGAGCACCAUGAACUGUUGUUGGCUGAGCGAAGGCGCAGCGUUGGCCCGUCGGCGGUGGCAUCAGUAGGAUCGAUGGUUGGCGCCGGUUCGAACGGAUCCAACAUGAACUUGUCGAUGGAGGAUGUUAGCGGGGCCGGUGUUGGUGUUGGCAUUGGAGGUGGUGUGGCUGGCAGCAACGUCGGAGUGACGACCGGGAAGCGAAGAUCGCGUAAUAAUCGAGCGAACACCAGCACGGCUACGGUAACCGCAGUCAGCCAGCAAACUCCACAACAGGCUCCAAAGCUCAAGAUCAAACUUGGCUCGGGGAUGCUGGAAGCGACUGGUGUCGGUGGUCCAUAUGGAGCGGGCAUGGUCGGAGCAGGACCUAGUACCAGUAGCAGUCUGCGGCCACCUAAGAAACGAUUGGCCUGCAGUGUGCCACCACCGAGCUUGGAGGAUUUGAAGCGCGAGUACAUGAUGUACGCGGAAAAUAUAAGCUUCGAUGACGACGGCCCGGGUGGCGGUGCCGAGGAUGACGGCUUGGGAGCGACAUACAGCGGUGAUGAUGAGCCGAAGGCAAAGAAGCACAAGCAUAAGGACAAAGAUCGGGACCGCGAUCGCAGUGGCAGUGAGCAUAAGAAGCGCAAAAAGGAGAAAAAGCACAAGCGUGAUAAGGGCGAAAAGAAAAAGGUCGAGAUCAUCUGCAAUGCUGCUUUGGCCGUUGGAGAAGGAACCGGAGAUGAGCAGUCACAGCAGGCAGCACCGCGGAUUGUGAUACGGCUGGGCGUGAAGAAGCCGGUUACGCAGGCCGAGGAGCACUCUUCGUCGCCUCUGGCGGCCAGUGCGGCAGGUAGUGUUUCACACAUCUCCCAGGAAACGUUACCAAGUGAUGGACGGUCAAACGAGGGAAGGAGUAGUAGCCGCCAGCAGAUGAGCGGUUCAUCUCCCGAGACGGAUCCGCUGGUGAUCGAUCUGGCGGCGAUACACAACACCAACAGUCAGGGACAGGCACUGGACUCUUCGCCUGUGUCAGAUCGUACAGCGGCGGCUCAAGCUGCUCCGGUGGAAAAGCCACUUAUCACACCGAUUCGAUUGAAGCUGGCACGCAAUUCCGCUGGAGGUGGAUACGUGAUGUCUUCGAAGAAGAACUCAUCUAUUGGGGCGGAAAUGGAAGGACCUGACAAGCUGAACCCUGUGCCAGGUGUAACCCCAAGCGUGGCGCCUCCAGCGAUGCACAUGAGCUCGAUGAAUAGCUUGAUGAGUAGCGGUAACAUGCGGCAACUCACGGGCCAGUCUUCCGUUGAGUCAACAGGUGGAUCGAUGGACCUAACAACGUCAGCAGCAGCGGCUGCAGCGGCAACGUCGAGCAAGAACAUGAUCGAGCGGCUACUAACGGCCGCCAACAUGGCAGCCAGCUCUCCGAAUGCGUUCGAGCGAGCCAUGGGGGUAGCAGCGGCAGCGGUAGCGGCAUCCUCGAACGGGGGUACCGGAACGAUGACCGGAUCAGGUGCCAAUCAUCAGGGCGGCGGUGUUCCUUCGAUGUACAACAUGUCUUCGAUGGGCAACAACGCCAGCGGCGCUGGCAACAGUACGGCGGCGUCCAUGUCCUUCAAAAAUCUGCUGGAUUUUGCCGCUAGUACAAACACCACGUUCAGCACAUCGAACCCCGUGGGUAUGUUCACCACUGCUUCGACCCUUCAGCAGCACCAGCAACACCAGCAACACCAGGUAUCGUUAUCCAUGAACCAAUCUUCAAUGCUACCAUUAGCCAUGGUGCCACCAUCUCUGCAGCAACAGCAACAACAUCAACAGAUGACGCAGAUGACGCUACAAACGAUUCCGACUUCCAGCAACAGCAGCAGCAGCAAUAGCAAUAGUGGUAGUAGUGGCAGUAAUAACGGCACCCAGCAACUAACAGGUACACCCGCUAGCAACGCAACGAAGAAGGACUGUGAGGUACGAUGA